AUGAGCGGAACCGACCAUUCCAGCGCUGGCGGACAGAUGUCGACCUCCAGCACGAUGCUGAGUUUGGCCGACAAGCAGAAGUACAUCGAAAACUACGACUUUCCGUACUGCGAUGAAUCAAGCAAGUACGAGAAGGUGACCAAAAUCGGACAAGGAACAUUCGGUGAGGUAUUCAAGGCAAGGGAGAAGAAAUCAACCAAAAAGUUCGUUGCCCUCAAGAAGGUGCUGAUGGAAAAUGAGAAAGAAGGCUUCCCGAUUACGGCACUGCGCGAAAUCCGCAUUCUACAACUGCUGAAGCACGAAAAUGUAGUCAAUCUAAUAGAGAUCUGUCGCACGAAGGCAACUGUCCAUAAUCGCUAUCGGUCUACGUUCUAUCUGGUGUUUGAUUUCUGCGAGCACGACUUGGCCGGGUUGCUGUCCAACAUCAACGUCAAGUUUAACCUGGGUGAAAUUAAGAAAGUAAUGCAGCAACUACUGAACGGUCUGUACUACAUUCACAGCAACAAGAUCCUUCACCGUGACAUGAAAGCCGCUAACGUGCUAAUAACGAAGAACGGUGUACUGAAGCUGGCCGAUUUCGGGCUCGCCCGUGCCUUUAGUGUGUCCAAGAAUGGCCUGCCCAACCGGUACACGAACCGCGUCGUGACGCUCUGGUACCGACCACCGGAGCUGCUGCUGGGUGAUCGCAACUAUGGACCACCGGUGGACAUGUGGGGUGCCGGGUGCAUCAUGGCCGAGAUGUGGACACGUUCGCCGAUCAUGCAGGGCGCCACCGAACAGCAGCAGCUCAUUCUCAUCUCACAGCUGUGCGGUUCGUUCACCAACGACGUGUGGGCUGACGUGGAGAAUCUCGAGCUGUUCCACAAAAUGGAGCUGCCGAUGGGUCACAAGCGGAAGGUGCGCGAGCGGCUGCGCCCGUACGUGAAAGACCCACACGGAAUCGACCUGCUUGACUACCUGUUGAUGCUGGAUCCAAAGAAGCGCAUCGAUGCCGACACCGCACUCAACCACGACUUCUUCUGGACCGAUCCGAUGCCUUGCGAUUUGAGUAAGAUGCUGUCGCAGCACACGCAGAGCAUGUUCGAGUAUCUGACGCCACCGAGACGACCGGGCCACAUCCGGCACUAUCAGCAGCAGAUGGUCAAUAUGCAGGCGAAGCCGCAGGACAACAGUUACCAGGAUCGGGUGUACUAGGUUUAAGUUUUCCCCAAUAUUACCGACGCGGUAUACUUCCCGCAUCGGCAGCAUA